GCCGUGCGCACUGAGCCGACCUCCGCGGCCACCGCGCUGCUCACUCGGAGUGACGCUGCGCCGGGGUCCCCAGCAUGACCGAGCUACGGCAGAGGGCUGUCCGCGAGGACGCACCUCCGGAGGACAAGGAAUCAGAGUCUGAAGCAAAGCUCGAUGGAGAGACGGCAUCAGACAGCGAGAGCCGAGCAGAAGCAGCUCCCCCACCAGCCUCCAUAGACGACACCCCAGAGGUCCUUAACAGGGCCCUUUCCAAUUUGUCCUCAAGGUGGAAGAACUGGUGGGUGAGAGGCAUCCUGACUUUGGCCAUGAUUGCAUUUUUCUUCAUUAUCAUUUACCUGGGACCAAUGGUUUUGAUGAUGAUUGUUAUGUGUGUUCAGAUUAAGUGUUUCCAUGAAAUAAUCACUAUUGGCUACAAUGUAUACCACUCCUACGACCUGCCCUGGUUCAGGACCCUCAGCUGGUACUUCCUCCUGUGUGUGAACUACUUCUUCUAUGGGGAGACAGUGACAGACUACUUCUUCACUCUGGUCCAGAGAGAGGAGCCUUUGCGGAUUCUCAGUAAAUACCACCGGUUCAUCUCCUUUACCCUGUAUCUGACAGGAUUCUGCAUGUUUGUACUGAGUCUAGUUAAGAAGCAUUAUCGGCUGCAGUUCUACAUGUUUGGAUGGACCCAUGUGACCUUGCUUAUUGUCGUAACGCAGUCACACCUUGUUAUCCAUAACUUGUUUGAAGGAAUGAUAUGGUUUAUUGUUCCCAUUUCAUGCGUCAUCUGCAAUGAUAUUAUGGCUUAUAUGUUUGGCUUUUUCUUUGGUCGGACCCCACUCAUUAAGCUCUCUCCAAAGAAGACCUGGGAAGGCUUCAUUGGGGGCUUCUUUGCUACUGUGGUGUUUGGCCUUCUGCUCUCCUAUGUGAUGUCUGGGUACAGAUGCUUCGUCUGUCCUGUGGAAUACAACAACGACACUAACAGCUUCACUGUGGACUGUGAGCCAUCUGACCUAUUUCGUCUGCAGGAGUACAACAUUCCUGGGGUAAUCCAGUCAGUCGUUGGCUGGAAAACGGUGAGGAUGUACCCUUUCCAGAUCCAUAGCAUCGCCCUCUCCACCUUCGCCUCGCUCAUCGGCCCAUUCGGAGGGUUCUUCGCAAGUGGAUUCAAACGGGCCUUUAAAAUCAAAGAUUUUGCCAAUACCAUUCCUGGUCAUGGCGGCAUCAUGGAUCGCUUUGACUGCCAGUACCUGAUGGCCACCUUUGUCAAUGUGUACAUCGCCAGCUUUAUCAGGGGCCCCAACCCGAGCAAGCUGAUUCAGCAGUUUCUGACGUUGCGGCCGGACCAGCAGCUUCACAUCUUCAACACACUCAAGUCUCACCUGACUGACAAGGGCGUUCUGACGUCUGCGUUGGAUGAUGAGUAGAGUCCACCAGGGCCAGGAGAGCUGGAGCAGGACUAGAGUGAGGGCCGGUCGCCAAGGCUGGCCCAUCUGCUGUGACUUAGAUAAUGAGAAGCUUCAACUCACUGUCUUUUUUUUCUUCUCCCUUUUUAAUUUGUGUGUGUGUUUUUUUUUUUUUUUUAAUCUGUAUAUACUGUCUGUUUAUAAUGUGGGCUGUGAGUAAGCUGUAGCUUUGAGUUGCAAAGAAGUCACAGGAAAGGACCAUUUGGGUUUCUUAAAUACAGGUAUUGAACAACA